AUGGGGACUUUUCAGCACAACGAGAGCCCUUCAGUUGCCAGUGUACCUGUCUCGACAGCAAGGGCGGUUCUGGUGCCUUACGACCGCCGCCAUGUCCUCACCUACCACGCCUGGAUGGAGGAUCCGGCCAUCCAGGAAGCCACGGCUUCCGAACCCCUCACACUCGAGGAGGAGUACGAGAACCAGGAGUCGUGGCGGGCCUCCCACGACAAGCUGACCUUUAUCGUCUGCCAACCUCUCGCGGCCGUCGAGGGCGGGGAGAGCGGAGAGGGCGGGACCGUCCAGGCCGGGGGCCCCGACGCGCCCGAGAGGAUGGUAGGCGACGUCAACCUCUUUCUCUAUCCGUACGAAGACGAGGGCAGCAUCGCGGCGGUGCCCGGCGCGGUUCCCGAGUUUUGCGUGGGCGAGGUCGACAUCAUGAUCGCGGACCGGCAGCACCGCGGCAAGGGGCUCGGCCGCGCCGUGGUGCAGGCCUUCCUGUACUACGUCCAUCGCCACCUGGACGGCAUCAUGAGGGAGUACGCCGAGGACAAGGACAUGCCGUCGCCGCCGCGGCUGAAGCUGCUCAAGGCCAAGAUCAACCAGAACAACAAGACGAGCAUCGCGCUCUUCGAGCGCCUCGGCUUUGAGCAAGAAGGGGUCGUGGACUACUUUGGCGAGCUGAAGCUCGUGCUCCGGGACUUGGGCAGGCUAGCAGCCGAGGUGCCGCAGGGAUACGCAGAGCUCGUCUAUUCCCGAGACCAUAGUCAGGACUCGAAUCGAUGA